AUGUCAGACACCGCACUCCAGUACCGCUGCAUCGGAAAAGGCUUCUGCGGCACUGUCUGGGCUCUCGAAGACAGCGAUGAAGCACACGCCGUAAAGCGUGAGGACGGCGGCCCAGGCCGAUCAGUCACCAAAGACUACAACAUGCAUCUCCGCGUCGUCCAGAUUGCCGCCCAAUACCACAUCUCAACAUCAGUGCCGCAAUGCCAUCAACUAGUAGAGCCAACCGACGUCUGGUGGCACUCACACCUCCACCAGUUCCCCGCCGGUCUAUCAGCGUGCAGAGCACUCAUCUCAGAACGCAUCCCCCCAGUCCCCCGCCCCAUCAGCGACAAGAUCGUAGACCUCUUCUGCCCCGACAACGCCCCGCUCGCACACUUCGUCAAGACCAACCCCGACGACGCCUCCUGCCUCAUCCGCCCCUACCUCGGCCGCCGCCGCCGACAAGCCGGCCCCUCCAACUCGCGCUUCAAGGGCUUCAGCCUGCGCAACGUGCCGCUCCACAUCAACCAGAUGGAGGCCCUGCGCCUCGACACCGGCGCGUACGCAGAAGCCAUGGCAGACGCGCUCGCGCUACUGCACUGGGGCGCGCAGAUCGACGCCGCCGACGUCGAAUUCGUGCUCGCGCCGCCGCGCGCGUCGGCACCGCCGGCAUUCGUCUCGGACGUGCUGGGCGCGCACGGCAUGUGGGUGCUCGACUUCGACUGCUGCCGCGCGCUGGCCAUGGACGCGGCGGGGAUCGAGCAGGCGUGUGCGGCGUUCUGGGGGAAUGAUCCGUUUUAUCCCCGGCCGGGGGGCGCGGAGGCUGCGGACGAGCUACUGUGGGGGGUUUUCAGGCAGCGGUUUUUGGAGACUAGUCGGGUGGUGCUGGGGCAGAGUGCUGUGGGCGAUGUGUUGCUUGCGGAAAAGCUGAUACGGCGGAUUGAAGAGGUGGGGUUGGCAAGGAGUAAGGAUAGAGAGAAGCUAGCCUGA